GACGUGUCCCGCUGUCCUGGCUCCGUGGGUCCAGCGGGAUUGGGCCUGGGCGCUGGGGCUGCCGGGGCUCCCACCACGGCGGGUAACAUGGAGGCCGUGCCAGAGACCAGAACUCAGCCACGGGAGGCCGAGACAGCCGGCGGUGCUCGUAGAUGAGGCGGCGGCGGCGGCGGUGGCAGCAGCCCGGGCUCUCCAUGAGCAAGCGGCGGCGGCGACGGGUGCGGCGGCACCGGCGGUUUUCGGUCCCCGGGGAGGAUGAAGACACUGUUUGAAGAGAUCAAAGCAUCAAUUAAAAAUAACUAUAAUCAAGAUCGAUCAUUUUGGAGGCCUGUUCUUCCUUGGGGGGGUGUUUUUACUAUAAAAGCUGGCCGCAAAGCAGUAUCCUGUACACCACUCUAUGUUGAAAUAAGACUGAAAAACACCUGCACCAUAGAUGGAUUCUUGAUGUUAUUAUAUGUCAUUCUUAAUGAAAAUGAAAAUUUCCCCAGAGAACUCUCUCUUCAUUUUGGUAGAGAGUUUGUAGACUGUUUUCUUUAUUUAAUGGACACCUACAGUUUUACAACUGUGAAGCUACUUUGGAUUUGGGACAAGAUGGAAAAACAGCAAUACAAAUCUGAAGUUCAUAAAGCUUCAUUAAUAAUUGAUUUGUUUGGGAAUGAGCAUGAUAAUUUUACAAAAAAUCUUGAAAAUCUCAUGUCUACCAUUCAAGAGAGUUACUGUUCCAACUGGCGAUGCCCAACUCGAGUGCAGGAAGAUCAGCAGCGCACAAUUAAUAUAAAUCCUCCUCAAGAAAUUCCACAUGGAAACUUGAUAAGACUGGCUGUGGAUGAGUUAUUCUGUUCCAAGAUUGAACUGUGUGAAGAGCACGGGUGUGGUGGCUUAAGAGAAUUUUCCCAACGAAUUUUCUGCCAUGGGGCACCCCCUUUUGUUGUCUUAAAUAUGCAGCAUUGGAAAUCUGAAGAUCUGGCUUAUGUACCCUAUUACUUGGAUUUGUCUGAUCACAAGUAUUUAUUGGAAGGUGCCACAUUAUUUAACAAAGAGGAACAUCAUUAUUCUGCAGCUUUCCAGAUUGAUGGACAUUGGAUGCACUAUGAUGGGCUCAGAAAUGUGAAUUUAAUUUUGUUGAAUAAACCCCCAGAGUUUCUUCUCUUGUCAUCAUUGGUUUAUAUUCGAGCAACAGAGAAAUAAAUAUAGACUGAUGCUAAAAGUUGUUUUCCCUCCUGCCCAUGCUCCCCCAGAUGAAGGGCUUAUUUUGUGUAUUCUUGGUAUCCAAGGAAACAGUUCAACUAUACUAGUUUCAGAGGUGUAUUUUCAGUGUUUAACCCCAGGUAAAUGUUUUAUAUAGAGGAUCUAUGCAAAAAUGUUUGUAUUUCUUUUUUUUUAUAUUUCCUGAGUUAUUUUUAUAUGAGCAUAUUUUAUGUUGAAAUAAAAUAUAUCUUGUG